AUGCGACCGGUACAUUCGACCAAUUCAAGUAGGUUUUGUUUUGUCUAGAGAUAUACGGUUUUGAGUGUCAUGGUUAGAGGUAAAUUUUUGAUUUUUUUCUGCCUAGGGCAAAGUAAGGCAAAACAGGACAACGCACAAAAGGGCAUAUUAGAGAUAGGCAGACCAGGGCCCGACAAGGAAUGGCACGGCAGCGCGUGCAAAGGCAGGAUAAGGUACUGUAGAGCAAAUCAAGGCAUAACAGCGCUUGGUAGGGCACGUUAGAGCGAAACAGACGAAUAUAAUUGUAAAGUAGGGUAGGGUAGGGUAGGGUAGGGUAGGGUAGGGUAGGGUAGGGUAGGGUAGGGUAGGGUAGGGUAGGGUAGGGUAGGGUAGGGUAGGGUAAUGCACGGUAAGGUAGAGUAGGGUACGGUAGGUUAAGGUAAGGUAAGAUAACGUAGGGUAGGGUAAAGUAAGGUAGGGUUAGAUGAAUCUAAUUUUGUUAUAUUUUAGUGUCGACUUAUCAGAAGAUUAUGAAUCGGCGGAAUUCCAUCGCCGAUGCGUUGAAACGCACCGCUGACGGGCUGGCCAAUGAGUUUAGCCGAGACAAAACGGCCGAAGAGAUGGUGUUUGAAUUGUUUAAAAUUCCGAAUAAGAAUGAAGGUGCUAUUGGGAAGUUGAUUGGAGUAAGUGGAAAGAAAAUUCUUGCCAUUUUUUGUUUUGUAAAGAAAGUUCUUGCCAUUUUGGGCUUUGUAAAAAAAUUUUUGCCAUUUCUUGUUUUGUAAAGAAAGUUCUUGCUAUUUUUUGAUUUGUAAACAAAGUUUUUGCCAUUUUAUGUUCUGUAAAGAAAAUUCUUGCCAUUUUUUCUUUUGUAAAGAAAGUUAUUGCCAUUUUUUAGAUUUUAAAAAGCUAUGGCAUUCAAGAGAACGAUCCUCGUCUCCGACCGAUGAUGAAUAAGAUCUGUCACAUCGAGAAAGAAUCGGAAGAAAUGGCCAAAGAAGCCAAAGAUCCAAAGCACUGGAAGUUAAGCAAGGAGGACUUUAUCAGGUAUAGAUCAGUACGUUUUUUCGUACCAGCUUUUGUAUGGUACUAUUAAAACUGUAUUAGGUAUAGGAUAAAAAUGAGCUUUAAAAGCUUUUUUCAGCUGUUUUUGACCGUUCUUAACAAAUUUGGACUUCAAUACGUCAUAACUUUUUUAUAAAUUACGUAAUAUUUUAAAAUUUUGUGAAACGAUAGCCUAAAGUAUUGUACUUCAGAUGUGUAUCAGAGAGCCUACCACUAAUAUCAAGAACAAUACAAAAUCAACUGACAGUUCCGUCGUGGACAAGUUUUUGCAAAGUCAUCGAAGAUAUCUACAGAAUUGUACGUUUAACCUACUCUGCUCUACAUUACCCUACUCUACCUUAUCCUACCUUGCCCUACCUGAUCUACCCUACCCUACUCUACCUUAUUGUACCAUACCUUACCGUAAUCUAUAGUACUGUACCUUUCCUUACUGUACUUUACCUUACUUUACUAUACUAUAAAAACAGCACCAGAUCUUACAUUACCAUACCUUACUGUAAUAUAUUGCACCCUACCCUACUGUACCCUCUCUUACAUUCCUGUACCUUACUGUAAUUUAACUUACUGUGAUACACUUUACUGUAUUGCACUUUACUUCACCGUAUGAUAUUGUAUCAUAAAUUUCUGUACCUUACCUUACUGUACCCUACCUUACUGUAUCCUACCUUACUGUAUCCUACCUUACUGUGCUUUACCUUACUGUACCCUACCUUAAUGUACCAUACAUUACUGUACUCUAUUUUACUGCAUCCUACCUUAUCGUACUCUACCUUUCUCUACCCUACUCUUUUUUAGUGCGAACGAAACGAAGACGGCCAAGUCGCGUCCUACAUUCCGCAGCUCGCACGAGUCGACCCAGCCACUUGGGCCGUGUCGAUCUGUACGGUCGAUGGGCAACGAAUCUCAUUUGGCGAUGCGAAUCAACCUUUUUGUAUUCAAAGUCUGAGCAAAGCCUUCAAUUAUGCGUUAGCUGCUUCCGAGUUGGGCGCUGAUUAUGUUCACAAGUUUGUCGGCCAAGAACCGUCUGGUCGAUUGUACAAUGAAAUUUGCUUGGAUAGUAAAAGUAAGUUGAUUUUUUUCGUUUUUUAAAUUUGUAAACAAAGUUUUUGUUAUUUUUGGGUUUGUAAAGAAAGCUUUUGCCAUUUUAGCCUUUUCUAAAGUUUUUCUUGUAAUGGAAAUCAAGUGAAAGAUUUGUAAUGUAAUUUGCACUGAAAAUCUUCCACUUCAAUUCCAUUUUUGAAAUGUCUUAAAAUGGCUUAAAAAUAAGUUUUUAACACUUUUUUGAAGUGGAAGUUACGUGGAAGAUUUGUAAUGUUUUUUACACUGGAAAUCUUCCACCCAACUUCCACUUCUAAAAAGUGUAAAAAAGGGGUUAUUAGGCCAUUUUAAAACAUUUUAAAAAUGGAUGUUUAGUGGAAGAUUUUCAGUGCAAAUUACAUUACAAAUCUUCCACUCAACUUCCAUUAGUUUAAUUUCAUUUUUAAAUUGACAUUUUCUGACAUUUUUUGGCUUAUAAAGCAAACCAUGACAUUUUAAGUCAUUUUGAAUUACAUUUUGACUAAUGUUUAAAAAAGAUUGACAUUGAUAUUGUUUUAGAAAUACCUCACAACCCAUUGAUAUCGACCGGUGCCAUAGUAAUCGCUUCUUUGAUGAAGCCGAAUUUGUGUUUGGCUGAUCGAUUUGAUCAUGUAAGUUUGUGUUGAUCAAUUUUAAAUUAUCAACCGGUUGGAAAGUUUUUACAUUAUCGACCGGUCAAUAAAUUGAAAAUUCUUUUUUGUGUUUGAAAUGUAAAAAAGUUUGAAAUUGCAAAAAUUAUUUUAAAGGUUGAACUGGUUUUAAGGCCAUUUUUAAAAUAUCGACCGGUCGAUAAAUAUUUUUUUUUAAAAUUAUUUAAAAUUUUUAAAAAAACCUGCAAGUUUGUAGUUUUUUAUCAGUUUAAAUCAAUUUUAAGUCAAUUUUAAAUUAUCGACCGGUCAAUAAAAAAAAUUUUUUUUUAAUUUUGAAAUUUAAAACUUUUUUUUCAGUUUUUGAAUACCUACCGUCGCAUCUGUGGUGGAGAAUAUAUGGGAUUCAAUAAUGCUGUAUUCUUGUCAGAAAGAAUGGCAUCUGACCGUAAUUUUGCCUUAGGCUAUUACCUAAAUGAGUAUAAGUGCUUUCCACCUUCAAUGAAUAGCCUGACAGAUUUAAUGGACUUCUAUCUACAAUUAAUGUCAUUGGAGACGAACUGCGAGAGUGCCGCGGUUAUGGCCGCUACAUUGGCUAAUGGAGGUGGGUUUCGAGGGUGGGGUGUACUGGAAGGUUAGAGGGCAGGAUAUGCGGAAAAGGCUACGGUUUUAGUACGGUGAUUGUUAUGAUGAGGUAGGAUAACGUACAGUGAAGGAACGACAGGUUGAGAGAAGCGAAAGAGAUAGGAUAGAAUAACUAUAAGGCGGUGAAGGUUAAGAGAACCGUAAGGCACAGUGAGAUGGCUGUAACCAAGGGCAGGCAAAUGUAGAGAAAGACAGGAAAAAGUACAGGAUAAGGCAGAAAAGUAUCUGUAAGGCAGGGCAAGAUAAGGUAAUUACAGGGUGCGCCAAAAGUCCCUGGACUCAUUAUUUUAGUCAUAUAUUUAUUAAAACAGGUAUAGGGCAGGAUGAAAUAACCUUAAGGAAGGGCAUAGAAAGGUACGGUAAAGCAAAAGUAAGGCAGAUUAAUGUAGGGUAAAAUACGGUAGUUACAACUUGGCCAAGGUAAAGGAAUAGUAAUGCAAAGCAUGGAAGAGUACAGUAACUUAGGGUUGGGCAGGUAGUCUAAAAUAGAGUAAGUAAGGUAAGAAGGUCGGGUAGAGUAGGGUAGGGUAAGGUAGAGGGUAGGGUAGGGUAGGGUAGGGUAGGGUAGGCUUUUAUUGCAUAGAGCACACUGUCGUGGGGUUUCAGUUACUGCAUUGAAUCGUACGGUAAAGUAGGGUAGGUUGGAGUAGGUUAUAGUAGGGUAAAAUAAACAUUAUAUACAUUUGUUUUCUAGGAGUGUGUCCAAUAACAAACGAAAGAGUAAUUGAAAGUCGACCGUGCCGUGACGUGCUGUCUUUGAUGUAUUCUUGUGGGCUUUAUGAUUACAGGUGGGUGGCUUUUGAAAAUUAG